ACGGAUCUUUUUCGGAAAUUUUGAUGUGGCUUAAUGCUGGAUAUCUGCUAGGAGCAUUAUCCCAGUCCCAAUCAGGGAAGCAUUGUUUCACUUGGGAUGGAAUAGAUUUCUCCGAGGAUACUUCUACUUAUAAGGAAUGUCUAAAUUUACCUCCAAAUCAUGAAGUGCUAGUUACUUUAGAAUGGGGCUUUAGCGGACAAAAUCUCCAAAAACUUUUGAAACCAACUAAAAUUCAAUAUUUUGUGAAGACGAACGGGUCGAAAUAUAUAGAAUCUUGGCAAACAUUUUAUAAUUCGGAAACAGACCGAAUUUCUGACGAUGCAAUUUUCAGUAAAAUAGAACUAAAUGAAGCACCCUUAGAAGCGGCAUCAAUCAUUGGAGAGUCCUCUAUUGGAUUAGUAUUUCAUGUUUCAUCGGGAAAUAUCCCAUGUGAUUUAAAAUAUGCAAGGCUUCGAAGUGGAUUUUGGGCCCAUAAGAUAAUGCUUGUAGGGAUCAAGCAUGGUUAUGGUUUUUGCCCGAUGGGAAACAUGAGUAACAUUCAACUUGAUGAUGGCUCAACUCCACUUCAUGCUUUAUUCGGGGGACGAGUAUCCCAGCGGCAAUUGUUGUCCAAAGAACCCUCAAAUGUUAAAAUCAACACUGACCAUACAGCGUUGUCCAAUUCUAUUCUAACCUUUAUAUCAACACAACUUCCGAAAUAUAUGUUACCCAGUCGUAUAAUAAUUCUACCAACGUGGCCUUUAACUGAUAACGGAAAACUGGAUAGCAAAUCGCUAGAAGCCAUUUAUCUCGAGCACGGUGCUCUCAAUGAUUUGGGCGACCUCAGAGUCACGCCUUUUAAUGAAUUCGAGAAUGUGUUAAUGUCCCUGUGGCAAAAAGUAUUGGGAACCAUGCUGCCCCUGAAUACUGACUUUUUCCAGACCGGUGGUAGUUCCUUGGACGCACUGAAAUUGGCGCUAAUGAUAAAUGAAACUUUCAAUCUUUAUAUUAAUGUCGCCUGGGUCUAUCAAUACCAAACUAUUACCCAACAAGCUAAAUGGUUAUUGGAUAAUGCGUCCAGUUCUCAAAACGGGGAAUCCCCGCGGAGUGAUUUCAUAACUUUUAAUAGGAUGGGAUCAAAACGACCGAUAAUUUUGGUUCACCCUGGCAGAGAUUCGGCAUUCGCAUAUUCGACACUUUCCAGUGACCUAGGUCAAGACCAGCCCAUAAUUGCUCUUGAGUAUUACAAUCUAUUUCAGGAUUCUGACCUGGACGAGACAGUUGAAGAUAUGGCAGCCAGAUAUGUGAAAACAUUGCUUUCACUAUGUCACAUCGAACCUCCCUAUAUUCUUGGCGGGUGGUCAUUCGGGGGGCUCGUUGCGUUUGAAAUGUCACGACAACUCAACGCAUUAGGAAAGUCGGUUAAACAAAUUUUCAUGUUUGACACCUCCUUCCCUACGUGGUUUGACACGAUACCUGACUACGUUGUUCCUGACGAUAUUUGCGAAAUUAUAAACGAACCGGAGAAACAGUUGUACGAAACUUUGAGCGAGUCCUUACAACAAAAAUACAAAAAAGCUGCAAUUUUAGAAUUGAAUGCAAUAUUGUCAUACAGAUUGGUACAUCCGGGUGACUUUGGUCAGAUGAAAAUUGUACAAUUUCUACCGGAGGCUUCAAAAUUAGAGCAUUACACUGGAUGGAAUUCAUUCUGUUCAUCUCUUGUGAUAGAGCCAAUUCCUGGAGAUCACGGGUCAAUUUUACGAAAUACCGAUCACAGAGCCAGUUUAGUUAAAGGAAUUAAGAGACUAACUUCGCCAAAAUUAAUAUUUGUAUUUGCAAGUUCUUCGUUCAAUAGUGACAAAUUGUCACAAUUAUUACCCGGACAUUUUGUCAUUGCCUUGGACGAGAAAAAUUUUACUGAAUUUAAAGAUAACUUCGGAACACAGUUUACAAAAUGCAUCGGUGUCUCACCCGGCGUUUCGAUCGGUUACAUAAACGGAUUUGAUUACGAAAAAUGCAGACUUGCAAUAGAGGCCUCUGUUCUCAUGAAGAUAUUUUCAUUGUUUCCUCCGACGAGGGCAAUGUCUGCCUUGCGGCCGAAUUACGACAGACGUUCUCCCUUCCGACCGGGUCAUGGCCGGAGGAAAGUUUAAAAUUUAGGGAUAAAGUCGU